UGGGAGUUGAACUCGGAGCUGCUGACCAAUGAGAAGCAGUCUGAGCAGUGAUCCAGCAGCAGCAGCAGCAUCGGUGUGUUUUCAGUGUGUGUGUGUGUGUGUGUGUGAGUGUGUGUGAGUGUGAGGCAGCUUUAAACGGGGGAUCUGGACACCCUGUCUGAAUUGAACAGGACCCUCUGCAGCUCUGCAGGCCGAGCUCCCAGCCGCUCUCAAUGUGCUUUUUACCAAAUGGAAGCAGAGGUGUUGAACCCCCAGAUGAUGGCGGACGUCAAUGGCAACAAUAAGAUCACCAACGCGGAGCUGGAGGUGUUGAAGCUGCAGGAACUGGUCCGAAAACUGGAGAAGCAGAACGAACAAUUGCGGACCAGAGCGAACGCUGUAAACAAUUGCUCGGUCGGCCCUCAUCUCCAGAGCCCGCUGUCGUGCCUGCGCGGAGCCACGACGUGUCCCGGCGACAAUUUCCCCAGCAAAUAUGACAUUUCCAGCCCGACACAGACUCAUCCGUGUUCCCCCCGAGCUCCGGUGGAGGAGCCGUUCGCGUAUUUCCAGCCGAGCUCUGCGCCUCCGGAGGCGGCUGUGGAGGACGGCGGCGCCGCUGGAGGAAGCUCCGUGCUGGAUGAGGUGGAUGUUCUGGACCUGAGCUCCGUGCUGCCGGUUGGAGAACCUGAUAGCUGGCUGUAUGUGAGUCCCAAAGCCCGGCUGCACGGUGAGAGCCUCCUCAGCCCUCUGCAGUGGUGCAGGCAGGUACUGGACCACCCGGGGCCGGAGGUGGAGCUGGCUAAGAUGACGCUCUGCCACAGACUGGACCAAGCUAAGCGGUGGCGAGGCGUCUCCUCCGUCCGUCCGUACAGCUGCAUAGAGGGGCUGUCCACCCUCAGCUGCCCCGUCCUGCCUUACACUAAACCUGCUGCACUAACCGAGCCCCCAGCCCCGUUGCCGUCCUCUGGCCAGUCCUUCCUGCAGCCCACUCUCCCUCUCAGGGCCAGCUGCAGCCUCAGCGACCGAGCGCCCACCUUCCUCUCAAACUCAAGCCUCCACAACGUGGGCCGCAGACAUGCAGCCAUCUCCCCCCAGUCUUCCCUGGACAGCGAGGUGGGCGUGUCGGAGCUGGAGGAUGACUCCAUCUCCAUGAGCUACAAACUGCAGGACAUGACCGACGUGGAGGUCAUGGCACGACUUCAGGAGGAGAGUCUCCGACAGGACUACGCCUCUACCUCAGCCACCGCCAGCCGUCGCAGCUCCAGCUUCUCCUUGCACUCCCUCAGGCGCAGCGAGAUGGACCUGGAGGAGGAGGACGAGGAGGACGAGGGCUACGACCAGCUGCCUCCUCCCCAGCCUCGGCUUUUCCGCACAGGGUCUAUGCAGCGGGGCAGCCUGCCCCACUCCCACACCUUCUCCAGUAUCAGAGACUGCAGACGAAGCUCGGCCGCUCCUCAGUUUUCACUCAGCGGACUGUCCCAGUACUCUGGACCCUCCAGCCUGAUCACAGAAACACACUCAGCGUACAGGAACAGCACAGACAAGCUCCGGAGAAGCAUGCCCAACCUGAUCAGAGCUCCCAGCAUGCCCAGCGUUCCCAGUAUUCCAUGCCUGGCCUCCCCCGUCAACCCAGCCUCCCACGGUCCCUCCUCCCUGCCUCCGAUGCCGUCCCUCCGGAGCAGCCAGAGCUUCGACUCGUCCAGCGGACUCGCACGACUCCAGUCCUCCAUUCCGUCCCCGGGUCAGCUCAAUCAGAGGGUCCAGAGCGUCGGGAACUUCCCUACGACUUCACGACACCCGCUGAAAGCCACCGCCUACGUGAGCCCCACGGUGCAGCAGGGUCCCACCUCUCUGUCCUCCUCCAUCAGCCUGAACUCCAUCCCCAGCAGCGCUGCUCUGCCUCAGCCCCUCAAACCCAGCAGCAGUCUGCUCCCACAGGCUCUGAAAGCCAACCAGCCGGCCGUCGCUCGCAGCUCCCUGCCUCGACCGGCCUCCUUUGUAGGAACGAGUGGAGUUCCACGUGCGAGUAAAAUCACCCAACCCACCCGCAGUUUGCUGACUCCUCCAAAGAGCCUGGCUGCUCUGAGCGCCCUGAGGGACGGCAGCUGGAAAGACGGCUGUUACUGAACCCAAAAACAGGACGGAGCUGCGUCAGACCCGACGUGGACUCGGGCUGCGAUCCAGCAGAGGGUGACUGUUAACGGGAAUAAAAGCACUUCUCUUCUCUGAAGGAUGGCAUAGAGACUGAGCGGUUGGGGUCCAGCAGGCUGGAUCUUUCCUUUACUACCUGCUGAACACACACUGACACACUACCAGGCAAUACUCUGAUAAUCAGCUGUUAAAUGUGAAGCGGAUCCUCUUUGAUAUGUGUUUUUUGGUUGGUCAUCGUGGAUAGUUAAUGAAAAUUUCUCACCAACUGAGCGCUUAGACGAAGAAUAGCCCACGCUUUUGUACAUGCUUUUAAUGAUUUCAUAUGACUAAUUUUUGGCGAGUAUUAUUUUUUUUGUCAGAUGUGGUGUCGGAUAUGAAGUUGAACCUGAAACCGGAUGAGUUUUGUUCCUCCCUGUGCCUGUAGUGUGAUUCAUGUUAGUUCUAUUUAUUCGCUGGACCUCGCAGCACUUUGGAUCAGAAAGACGAUUAACACGUUAAAAUAAAAGAUUUUCUUUGUUAUGUGAGAUGUGACAUUCACUAAUGUCAGUGUACACACUUUAUCUUUUGCCUAGUUAUUUUUUCUCAUUUAUUGUUUACAUGAAAUUUUUAAUGUUCUUUGAUAAACAUAAGCACUGCGGUGAUAUUGCACAUAGAGCACUGAUGCUUUUUAUGGAUGAGAAGACGUUAAAGAGGAGGUGGAUUUUUAAAGUGAAUAAAAGCAUUUCAAAACUA